AUGAAGCAGCGGUUCUCGUCCCUCGAUGUCAAGGUCAUCGCAAACGAACUAGCUAAUUCCCUUACCACCCUUCGCGUCUCCAAUAUCUACGACCUUUCCAGUCGGAUAUUCCUCUUCAAAUUCGCAAAGCCUGGCAAAAGAGAGCAAUUGCUCGUGGACUCAGGCUUCCGGUGCCAUUUGACCUCCUUCUCGCGAACCGCAGCCUCCGCUCCAUCCGCAUUCGUCAGUCGACUGCGGAAAUACCUCAAGAGCAGACGAGUCACGGCCGUGAGCCAGAUAGGCACGGACCGUGUGAUUGAGAUCACGUUCAGCGAUGGGCAAUAUCGAUUGUUCCUGGAGUUCUUUGCUGCCGGGAAUAUCAUAGUCACGGAUGCGGAUCUGAAUGUGCUGGCGCUACAGCGACAGGUCAGUGAGGGACAAGAAGAUGUGGACGUCAAGCUGGGCAGCAAGUACACGCUGGAGGCGAAGCAGAAUUUCCACGGCAUCCCACCCAUUACAGAAGACCGGGUGAGGACGGCGCUGGAGAAGGCUGUCCAACGAGCUAAACUCGCACAGGAGGUGGGUGGGAAGAAGGCGAAGCGAGCAAAAGGAGGAGAUGAUGUGAGGAAAGCCCUGAGUGACGGCUUCCCCGAACUCCCCUAUCACCUCCUCGAGCAUGUCUUCAUCGAGACAGGAGCAGACUCCACUCAGAAGGCAGAUGCUGUUCUAGCGAGUUCGGAGGCGCUGCAGUCCGCCAUCAACGCGUUGCAGCGUGCCAUGGAGAUAUUCAACACCUUGGAUGCCAGUCACUCCAAGGGAUACAUAAUCGCAAAAGUCAAGGCAGCUCCCUCCACACAGGAGCAGACGCAUACGGAGACCCAGCCUUCAGAUCAACGGGAGGUGAGCAGAGACAAUCUACUGUACGAUGACUUCCAUCCCUUUCGACCUGCGCAAUUUGAGAAUAAGCCUGCCCUUCAUAUUCUGGAGUUUGACGGAUUCAAUCGCACCGUCGAUGAGUUCUACUCCUCCAUCGAGUCGCAGAAGUUGGAAUCCCGCUUGACUGAACGAGAAGAGGCGGCCAGGCGGAAGUUAGAAGCGACGAGGACUGAACAUGAGAAACGGCUGGCAGGUCUGCAACAGGUGCAGGACGUGCACGUCCGGAAGGCACAAGCAAUUGAGGCAAAUACUCACCGGGUCGAAGAGGCAUGUGCUGCUGUCAACGGCUUGAUUGCCCAGGGCAUGGACUGGGUGGAUAUCGGCAAGCUGAUCGAGAACGAGCAAAAGCGAGGGAACGUCGUGGCUCAGAUGGUCAAGCUUCCGUUAAAACUCGAGGAGAACACCGUCACUUUGCUACUCGAUGAACCUAGCUUCGACGAGGGCUACGAAUCGGAUGAGCAAGACAUGACUGACGAUGAGGAGGCCGAAUCGGACGAAGGGUCUCCAAUGAACAAGCCUGCAGAAGCAGAAAGACGGCUUGCAGUCGACAUUGACCUCGCCCUCUCGCCAUGGGCAAAUGCACGCCAAUACUACGAUCACAAGAAGCUUGCCGCUGGCAAAGAGAAACGAACCAUGGAGGCUUCGGCGAAAGCCCUCAAAUCCGCCGAGCAAAAGAUCGAAUCAGACCUGAAGAAGAGCCUGAAAACGGAAAAGGCCGUUCUACGCCCUGCACGGAAGCAAUUCUGGUUCGAGAAGUUCUUGUAUUUCAUCUCCAGCGACGGAUAUCUGGUGAUUGGAGGCAAAGACGCGCAACAGAAUGAAUUGCUGUAUAGGCGAUAUCUGAAGAAAGGUGACAUCUACGUCCACGCCGACUUGCAAGGGGCCUCGAGUGUUAUUGUGAAGAAUAAUCCCAGAACCCCCGACGCGCCGAUUCCUCCGUCAACGCUGUCCCAGGCCGGCGCGUUGACUGUAUGUACGAGUAGUGCCUGGGACUCGAAGGCGUUGAUGGGCGCAUGGUGGGUCAAUGCUGAUCAAGUCAGCAAGACGGCUCCGACAGGCGAGUAUCUCACCACCGGCGGGUUCAUUAUUAGAGGACGUAAGAAUCUGUUACCGCCAAGCCAGUUACUCCUCGGCUUCGGGGUCAUGUGGUUGAUCAGCGAGGAAAGCAGGGCUAACCACGGCAAGCAUCGAUUGGAGAGGACGGAGAGCAUGCUGUCUGGCGAGGCUGAAGCCCUGGCCAACGAUGCCCGGGGGCUGUCCAUCGACGAACAAGAUGCCGAGAGUGAAGUCGAGCAGGACGGCCAGCCAGAACAAGCAAUACCAGAUGUGGAGGAGGCCGCCGACGACGCAGCAGAAGAGGAAAAUGAAGACGAUCGUGGAGUAGACCUAGACGAGGCUCACAAGAACGUCACUGGGGUCGAUGAUGGGGACGAAAACCACGACUCAUCGGCUCCCUCAGAGGCCGAAGACGAGAGAUCAAACCCGUUGCAAGUGCAGGGGGCCAGUGUCGGCGAAGACACCCCCAAGGAGAACCCCGACGUCCAAAUCUCAGCCGCCAGAGACGACGAAGAAGCCGGGCAAGAUGAUGACGACGACAUCGACGACGAUCACGACGACGACCAUGAAGAUACCCAAGACACACCCGAAGAAGCGACCCCGUCAACCCGCCCGUCAACUCCAGCAUCCUCCUCCAACGCCGUGUCAGCAAAACCGAAACCCGCGCAUCUCGCACGCGGCAAAAGAAGCAAAGCCAAGCGAGCGGCGAAGAAAUACGCCGACCAAGACGAAGAAGACCGCGCCCUCGCAAUGCAGCUCCUAGGAAGUAAUCGCGCGCAGGAACAGCGCAAGGAAGCCGAAGCGGACAAGGCGGCCAGGGAAGCGAAAGCGCAGGCCGACCGAGAGAGGAGAAAGGCGCAGCACGCAAAAGCGGCGGACCGCGAGCGCGCCAGGCGGGAGCGGCUGGAGAAACACGCCGAUGCCGGGACCGCGGUGCUAGAUGAAGAGGACGAACUGUCCAAGGAACAGCUGGAGCAGGAACGUCAGGAGUUGAUGUCCAUCGACCGGCUCGUGCCGCUGCCGGAACCUGGCGACGAACUCCUCGCCGCGAUCCCCGUGGUCGCGCCAUGGAACGCGCUCACGCGCCAGAAAUAUAAAAUCAAGCUCCAGCCCGGGUCGGUCAAGAAGGGCAAAGCCGUCAAGGAGGUUCUGGGAUUCUGGACGUCUCUCGGUACCAGGGGGCCGAAGGUCGUUGACGAGAAUAAUCGCGAGAGGGAACGUGUUUGGAGGCGCGAGGUCGAGCUGUUGAAGGAGUGGAGGGUUGAAGAAAUCGUCGGGGCCGUACCGGUCAAGGGAUGUAGGAUUGUGCAGGGAGGCGGGCUGGGCGGGAGUCUUGGCGGGAGUAGUGGAGGUGGCAAAGGGAAGGGCAGUGGUGGCGGGAAAGGAAAGGGGGGUGGGAAGAGAGGGAGAUAG